UUGGCAGGAGCGAGACGGGAAACACUACUGGAUCCUGUCCUCCAGGCACUCAGUCCUCACGCACUCAACAUCGCACUCGUACACACUCAGAAACAAAGCCACUCAGACUCUUCCAUAAGUGUUACACUGGAUUGGGGAACAAGUGGAGCGCAGGUGGUUGGAAUAAAUGUGCACUUGUGCAGGUCGCUUCCAUGACACGUAAAGUGGUCUCAGAGAACUGUGUAACUUAAGUGGUAGAAAAAUAACAGUUAUAUGGACUGAGCACGGGAUACUGACUGUCACUGCCGUGUCUGAGACGACAGUAAACAGUGACUAGGAAAAAUAAUACCUUGGACCCAUGAUGUGAAACUCACGGAGAGAAAGAAACGUCUGUUUCACAUCUGUGUGAACAAUACGACGUUAAACUAUAUUAAACAUUAGAAAGUGGAGAAGUUGAGAAUAUAUAUCACAUAUAGUUUUAUUUAUAAAUAUUUCUGCGCUGGAAUAAAGGACAGUCGUGUGAGAUGCAGCUUAUUAGAAAGUCACAGAGGUGGGCGUCCCUAUGUAGGCGUGGCGCCAGCACGCCCACAUGCUGCGUGUGGGCGUGGGUAGUGGUAAUGGUGGCGUUGGGCGGGGUGGUGACAGGAGGUGAGAGCCAGGAGGUGACCCUGGAGGACACAGUGAGGAGCCACACAGAGACACUCAUCAACAUGGGCAGGUACCUCAGACAGACUGACAAGUUCUGGAAGUGGUACCAACAGAACCACAGACGCCUGGACGAACUGAUGGCGGAGGUACCAAGAAUCAAGAUAUUGGGAGAGGAAGAAGGUGCUCCUUCCCUCGAGUCUAAGAUCCUGGAACUCGACAAGAAACUCAAGGCUUUGCAGGAGCGGUAUGACACCAAACUAAGAGAACGCGAAGUGGAGGUGCUGGAGCUGAGGGAGGCGCUGGAGGAGCAGAAGGUGGACAACAGAAGACUCCUUCAAGACCUCACUAACCGUUUGGACGCCGAGGAGACCUCUAGUGACAGACUCUUCAGCGACCUCACCAGGACCAAGCAGACGUUGUCGCAGAGUAAGAUUGAGGUGGCAGCGCUGAGGGAGAAGGUGGGUGAGACCAGGGUUGCUGACGUACUCAUGUUCGUUAAGAACCUGGCUAUACAGGCCAACAGAACCGUGGAAAGCCUGCAUGCCGAGGUCAGACAGCUCCGGGAUGACCAGGUACAGGGGCGUGUGCAAGCAUAAGGGGCAGGGGGGGUC